AUGACGAGACAUGGAAAGAAUUGUACCGCUGGAUCAGUAUAUUCAUACCAUGAAAGAAAACGAGAUGCUAAAGUGAGUUUCUAUUGGUUUUUGAACAAAAUAAUGAAACAUUUUAGGCAAGUGGUUAUGGAACACUUCACGCAAGACUUGGCGCCGAUUCAAUCAAAGAAUUCCAUUGCUGCUCGCUAACUCUUCAACCAUGUCGUCAACCUGUUAUCACGCCAAAUGGUUUUAUAUAUGAUAGAGAAGCGAUUCUCGAAAAUAUUCUAGCACAGAAGAAAAUGUUUGCCAAAAAAUUGAAGGAAUAUGAGAAACAAUGCGCUGAAGAAAAAGCAGAUCAAGACAGAGAAACUGUAACUGAAGCAAUGUCGAAGAAGAAUAAAUUCUCGAUAAUUGAAAGUACGCCAAGUCGAACUGGAGCGCAAGCGCUUUCUGCGCAAAUAGCUGAAAAAGCUCAAAAACGCCCGGGAGGUGUCAUUUCUUCUGAAAUUGCUGCAAAAGUCAAAGCGCAUGGUGAAGAAGGUCAUAUGUCAAAUAUGCUCGGAGAAAAAAGUACAUCUUUGCCAAGUUUUUGGAUACCUGAGUUGAAUCCAACUGCGGCGCCAACAAAAUUGGAAAAACCAGUAAGUCAUAUUCAAUGUUUUCCAACUAAACUUAUUUGUAUUUUAUAGAGCUCCAAAGUAUUAUGUCCGGUUUCUGGGAAACCUCUGAAAUUGAAAGAUCUGAUGAAUGUUGAUUUCACACCAAUGCCUGGCACUGAAAAUUUGGCACAGAAGAAAUAUAUUUGUGCAGUUACCAGGGAUGAAUUGACAAAUACAACGAAAUGUGCAUAUCUCAAGAAAUCGUGGGUUUUUGAAAUCAAAUUUUGAAUUUAAAAUAUAUUUUGAAUAGCAAUCUAGAUAUGUUGAAUUCGAGUAUAAAAAACUCCCAAAGACUUGGAAAUUAAUAUAGAUAAUUCCAGAAAAGCAGUCGUAAAAUUCGAAGUUGUUUCAAAACUGAUCAAAGACGAUGGAGUUGAUCCAAUCAGUGGAGAUCCGAUAACUGAAGACGAUAUUAUUGAAUUACAACGAGGUGGAACUGGUUAUUCAGCAACUAAUGAAGUCAAAGCGAAAUUGAUUCGACCGCAAUUGGAAUUGCAGUAG